UCUGGUUUACUAACCAGUACGAUGUAUUACAUUAUUAUUGUUAUAACCUAUCAUAGUCUGUAGUAUCAUAUAUUAUUGAUUACUUAUACAGUCUAUGACUAGAACCGCAUGUUGUUCUCUAACUGACUCACCUCUGAAGCAGGGAGUAUUAUUUUGAAAGUUCAGAGCGGAAGUUGUUGCUGCAGUCUUCCGGCUCGGCGCUGACCGGGAUGAACCGUCUCCCUCCAUCACGGUAAUUAAACAUGGAAUCGCCAGAAAACGGGUCCGGUCAGGCAGUCGGCGUUGAGCCAGGCGUAACGCCGACCCCCGUGGAUGUGGACACCGCCGUGUUUAUGCUGGGAGCGGGAGUAACAGCCAUCACACACCCGCUGCUAUACGUGAAGCUGCUAAUACAGGUGGGACAUGAACCUCUUCCCCCGACUGUGGGCACGACUAUGUUUGGACGAAGAGUCUUAUACCUGCCUGGCUUCUUCUCUUAUGCGCAGCACAUCGUGAAGGUGGACGGAAAGAGAGGACUCUUCCGUGGCCUCUCGCCUCGCCUCGUGUCCAGCGCCAUCUCCACCGUGGUCAGGAGCAAAGUUAAGCAGGUGGCGCUUCUGUCCAAGAGAGAUGACGUGCAGACUUCGCUCGGGAAGGUGGUCAAAGAGUCUGAGGCUUCUUUUGCUGGAUGGAAAAAGAGGACAUCGCAGCAUCCAAAACUUGGCACAGCUCACACGACUCCUCUUGCAUCAUUAAUUAAUCCACGACAAAAACAGAAAAGGACGUCACAUGAGAUGGUCGUCCAGUGCCUGUCCAGAGUGGCCACUCAUCCUUUUCAUGUGAUGUCAGUGCGCUGCAUGGCCCAGUUUGUUGGCAGAGAGGUCAAGUACGGCGGGAUGUUCAGUUGUAUUAUCAAGAUUUUUAAGGAGGAAGGAGUUGCUGGAUUCUAUGUUGGUCUCGUACCCCAUGUGCUGGGAGAGGUCCUCUUCCUGUGGUGUUGUAACCUCCUGGCUCACUUUAUUAACACCUACGCUGUAGACGAAAGUUUCAGUCAGGCCUCGGCUGUACGAAGCUACACCAAGUUUGUGAUGGGCAUUGCAGUGAGUGUUUUAACAUACCCGUUCAUGCUGGUGGCUGAUCUCAUGGCGGUCAGCAACUGUGGGCUGGCUGCAGGUCUUCCUCCUCACUCUCCCGUCUUCAAGUCCUGGCUGCACUGCUGGAAUCACCUGAGCCACAAGGGUCACCUCUUCAGAGGAUCCAGCUUCUUUUUCCGCCGGGUGCCUGUGACCUCCCUGCCCUCCAUCGAGGACUGACGUCGUCAUCGUCGUCGCCUGCUGGGAUGUUCUUCCUCCUCCACCCAGCCGCUGAGGCUCAUGGGUAAUGCAGUACUUAAUGCUGUCACACAAACCAAACUGAGAGAAGAACCCUGACCUCAAAGGAAGUGAUGGCCGUAACACCGCCCAAUCCACUACUAAUCACCAACAUUAUACUUAACAUGACAAAAACAUGUUUCAGUGUUUUGCAAACGUGGUUGUUUUUUGUUUAGCGAUCCAGGCAGCCAUAGAUUUCCAUUCAUUUGCUCACAUUUUAGUCCACUGUAGUAUUAUAUGGUAUUAUUAUUAUAAAGUAUAAUCCAUCACAGUGAACAUUAGCGGCACAUUAUCGCCGGGAGCCAACGCAGUGCAGAGUUUUACUGCAGGCUUGAUGUUCACUGACACACGAGUCUCACAAGUCUGAUUUUCAUGUUGUUACAGAAAUGAGUGGAAACCAAUGGCAUCAUCAAUCAUACACGAAGCAUACAUGCUUUGCAGUUAAGGAGCUAAACAACACAGGUGUUGUAGCUAGCAGACUGUGUGUUUUGCUGAAUAGCGGCCGCUGUGGCCACCGAUGGUAAUUACAGGAUAACUGAACUUGUGUGCUGAGCGAGUCGCUUUAAAGACGUCAUCACUAGGUGACCUGACUGCGAGCCAAUGGAAAGAGAGAAGUGUCCCGAGGCAUGAGGUGCAUCACUUCCUUUACUGCCGCAACUGUAGAAAAGCAAAGGCAAAACACAAAGCUUCUCAUCCUUUCCCCUCAGAAAAACGAGAAAAGCCACACAGAGUUACACGUUCAAGUCCUGCUGGGCAAGUACAACGUUAGCAUUUGAACGUUAGCAAGGUGAGAAAAAAUGGGUAGUAGGAUCCAACUGAAUGCUAACAUUAAACGUCAGCUAAUGUGCCAUUAAAGAUUAGCUUGUUGCGUUUGUCCACGAGUCCUUGAGCAACAUCAUCGUUAGCUUCUCCAACAGGCUAACAACACCUCCUGCCUAAUGUCACCUGGGGUGAAUCUAUGUAGCUCAUCUGAUUUCUUUCACACAAGAAACAGGACAGGCUUUUGUUACCUGACAAACAACGUUACGCUAACGUUACUUUAAGUCCAGACUUUAUUUCAAAUCUCUCAGGUUGCCAGUGGAAAUGACGCACUACGCCUGGGGUCCGUACUCUGUUUUCAUUGGCUGUGAGGUCUCCAGUUGGACCCUCCUGAGAACGAGACCACAAGCAGGAAACACCCCUGUCUCCUGCUGAGGUGCACUGUGUUGACCUCUUGUUUCGCUUUAGUGAUAGAACCAUUGAUAUGUCACGUGCUAAAAUGUAGUGCGACAGUAGAAGAGUCAUAAAGCCUAAACUAGCUAACGUUAGCCACCAUAAAGCACCGGUCAGACCUACAGCAGCAUGAGUGUGUGUUCGUGCUGAUAAAUGUAACUUUUGUGUUAUAUCGUAUCAGAAAAGUCACAGUCUUUACUUCCCCAAGCAGCAGCUGCUCAACAUUCAAAUAAGUCACCUUUCAUGUAUCUGCGAUACGUAAUCCUCCUCUCAGACCUCACUCCACUUCUUACUCUCAGCCUGUUGUUGCCAGUAAUUACCCUCAUCCGCACCAGUUAGCAGUAAGUGUAUGGAGCCAGAUCAGUGUUGAAGCUGCGCGAGGCUUCGAUUGCACGGGACACGCGUUGCAUCUGAAGGCUCUGCUGUUUCUUUGCAAUUCAAAACUGUGUUUCUGUUUAUGGAAACUACUCGUGUGUCUGGUUUGGUGGAGACCAACAAAAAGUAUUUUUUUAAGUUUAAAGAAAAUAAUUGAAAAAAACACUUGGGAAAAUAUAAAUAUGAUAUACGAUAUAUAUAUAUAUAUAUAUAUAUAUAUAUAUAUGCAUGGAAAAUGAAAAAAUGUGACAUGACCUGUAAGUAUGUAGAUGUGCUCAGCAGUUUAUUUCUUGAAUUUUAAUUUUAUACCCUGAAGUUUUUCUUUUUGCUUGUUUUUAAAAUGUUUUUGUGCUCUAAACUUUUUUCUUUCCAUGAAACACGUCUGUGUUGCGUUUAAAUGUCUCCGACUGGUCAAAAGCCACACGUACACCUGUUGUUGUUGUUGUUGUUGUUGUUGGAUGACGUGUCUGUCACCUGAACCAAAGGGCCAAUCACGUUCGCCGUGACUGAUGAAAGAUUAGUGAAGUCCGAACUGCCGGCUGCCGUUUGUGUUUUUAAUCAUGUCACUGUCGUUCGCUGAAAAAUGAAAAUACAAAAUAAAUUCUUUGCUACUC